UACUCACAUUUAGUCUCAAAACGGUCGUCCAGUGGUUGAGAAGUCAAACGAGUAAACGGCGAAGUCGCUUGUGAUGCGUCGCGCGCGUGAUCCUUUUUAAUUUGCAGUUUGCAGAAAAGGAGAUAACACAAAGGGGUGAAUGGACUAACGAAAGCCAUAAAGUUGUAGACUUUGAAGUGAUUAAAACAAAAAAUCAAUGGAGUCCUUAACUAGAAGAAUGAUUUUUGUAGCGUUUUUCUUUGGGUGCUUUGCCUUGGUUGCGAAUCGGUAUGCGCCCAUCAGUGGAGUCGAUCCUCUAGUUCAGAAAAAAAUGAACACACUUGCAACGGAAACUAAUUUGCUGGAUGCUGUGAAGUUUGGAGAAGAUAUCAUCGAGAAAUCCAAACGCAUGGAAUCGGCGAUUGCGGGUGCUCGAGUGAAGGUGGUCAAAGGCAGCAUUUCGUAUGCUCAAUCAAUCGAUGGCUACUCAACACUUAGUACACAGAAGCAAGACUAUGUCGCCAGAACCAUACUUAAGGCAACAUCUUUCAUUUUGAAUACUUACUGUAAGCCACAGAGGAUUUCAUCGUACGAGUGUGGAUUGUAUAUGAGUCACAAAUUAGUUCCAGGAAGCAAGUUGCUGAAAAAAUGCGAGGAAAUAGUGAAUGUUAAAACAUUCAAUGACGAAUAUAGAAGAUUAUUGCCUGCAAGUUACCAUGACGGAAUUUAUAGCUUUAGGAAAAGUGUGGCAGGUGGAGAACUUCCUGAUCCUAGAUCAAUUUCUAGUAAGUUCCAUGGCAUGUUUGCUCAGACAAAUGAAGACAGUAAACACAGUGUAGCAUUAGUACAGUGGACUCAGUUCAUCGAACACGACUUGGCCAAGACCACCGUCCAAACUAUGCAUGACGGAACCGAUAUUGAAUGUUGUACGACUGAUUACAACGAUGUUAUGCCGCGAUAUCUUCAUCCUGCCUGCAAACCUUUGCGCAUCGCAUCGAAUGAUUCUUACUACCAGAAAAAUCACGUAACCUGUCUAAAUUAUGUACGCAGUGCACUGUCCGUGGGGGAUACGUGUAAUUUUGGCCCCGCCAAUCAAUUGAACCAGGCAACAAACCGUUUCGAUUUGUCGCAAGUCUACGGAAACCAUGAGAGUGAAACCUUCCCUUUACGAAGCCACCGUGGAGGCAAACUUAAAUCACAAUCCUUCGAUUCCACCGAAUAUCUACCGGAAAGCCAAGACAAGAAGCUUUGUGUAGCCAACGCCACAGUUGACACCGUUUGCUAUACUUCAGGAGAUUCUCGAGUAAAUAUCAAUCCGUUCAUAACUCUGCUUCACACACUCUUUCUGCGAUCACACAACCGAAUUGCUAAGCACUUGGCCUUUAUCAACCCCGAUUGGGACAACGAAGUCUUGUUUCAGGUGUCAAGAAAAAUCAACAUAAAAAUCUAUCAAAAAAUUGUGCACGAGUGGGCUUCUACAGUUUUGGGAAGUGCAGUUCAGAUCAGCCCAUCCAAUGCCAAAGAACUCCGAGUGAGUAACGAGUUUGCAACUGCCGCCAUUCGUUUCUACAACUCAAUGAUGCCCGGAGAAAUUUCUAGUCAAUCUCCAAAAGGAAAAUUUUCAUCAGUUGAUUUGGAAGACAUCUUCUACAAACCCAAAGACCUCCGUAAAAAAGAAUAUUUCAACCAUUUGGUCAGCUCUGUAUUACUGCAGAAUGCAAUGUCGUUGGAUACCAGCUAUGUAGACGACAUGGCCCAUCUCCUGUUCAAAACUAACAAUGUAGGUACGGACGUUCUUGCACUGGAUAUUCAACGAGGUCGUGAUCAUGGCUUGAGUAGCUUCACAAAUUACUACAAACACUGCACCGGAACUACCAUCGCUACUUGGGAAGAUCUAUCCACAGUCAUGAACCCUUCCGAUCUGGACAAACUCAAAAAAGCCUACUCUGCGGUACAAGAUGUUGAUUUGAUCGUUGGAGCCAUAGCAGAGAUACCGACCAUCCCCGGUGCACUUGUUGGCAAUACUCUGUCAUGCAUCAUCCGGGACCAGAUUUCUCACUCAUUCAGUGAACAUCAAUCUCAGUUGGACCCUAUUUUGGCCAACUAUUCGGCAGCUCGUUUCCUGUGCGAUACGGCGCAGGUGUUGCAAGUGCAGCAAAACAUUUUCCGCUUGCCAUCGGUCGACAACCCUCCGGUGCCUUGCUCACAGCUUCCCACGCUGGAUUUGAGUACCCUACGGCAAGCGCUACACCUCUAGACCAUAAAUAAUUUAUAAGCCAUUAACUCUCGUGGCUCUGAUGAUGACAACGCGUCGGCUGGACGGGACAAGGAAGUGAAAUUCAGUAGUGCCAUUAAGGACGCUAUUACGACGAUCAUAACCGGGUUUAAUUUAAUAAACGAGACUCGUUCAGCGAUCGAAGAAGAAAGAAGCCAUAUCGGUGAACCACACAGAAGUGAAAACGAAAUUCUUGCUCAACACAUUAAUCGACCCUGUGUAAUGGUUACACCGCAUAUACAUUUAUAACAACAUAUCAUGACUGUUGAGCCGAACCGUUGCUGGCAGGACUUAGAAACGCUUGUAGACGUACUUCUGGCUCGAUUUAGCUGUUAGUAUAGUGUACUACGUAGUGUUUAUUUUCUGUUCUUGAAUAAAACUUGAUAAGCUACUCCUCGGGCGGUAGCUCGUUUGCAUACCAGUGUGUGAGACUGAUCA